AUGCGUUCCUUCCUGGCAUUGGCGGCCCUCGCCGCCGUUGACUUCGUCGCCGGAAGCGCCUGCAAGCCCAGGUCCAGCACCACGAUCCCCUCACUCGUCACAUCCUCCACCGACGCCACCAGCUCAUCGACCGCUACAAAUGUCAUUACCCUCCCCAAAGUCCGCAACUUGGCCACCAAUGGAAAUAUGGCCGAGAUCGAUCCUAACAACCCUCUCUCUGUGCCCGACUGGGAGGUUGAAGGUGAUGCUCGUAUCGUUGGAGGUGCUGGACGUGAAGAGCCUGGAAGUACUGAGCGAGGCUGUGCUGCUAUGAGUGCUUCCAAUACUGGCAGUGGAAAGCGUGCUUUGGGUAUCUCUGUUAGUAUCUCACAGAGCAUGUCGAACCUUGACCUGUCGACGCCUUACACCAUUCGCUUUUACUACCUUGUCGUUACAUCGCCUGCGGCCAUCAACCUUUGUCAACUGACUGGCUUUCUCGGUGGUUCCGUCUUCUAUCAGAACUGGGUUUUCAGCACUGGUACAGCUGUGUCUUGGAACGAGGUUCUCCAAGCCGUGACGCCUGCGCAGGUCAAUGCUCCUCUCCGCAUUGCCAUGAACUGUCUGAUGGGUGGUGGAGCGACUGUGCUUGUCGACUCUGUCUUUAUCUCCAAUGCUGUCACGCCGCAGAACAUCAACAACUUUGCUGUCAACUUUGGUAACACUGGCACUGGUGCCAAUCCUCCUCUUGAUCCUCAGACAACAACCAGCUCUUCCAAGCAGGAGACCACAUCGGCUACUCAACAGCUAGAGACUACAUCUAUUCCCCAAAAUCAGGAGUUCACUUCUGUAACUCAGCCGCUAGAAAGUACAUCUUCUCUGCAAAACCAACAGUUAACUUCGGUUACUCAGCUGCUAGAGACUACGUCUUUACCUCAAGAGCUUACUUCUGUCACCCAACCGCUAGAGACUACGUCUUUCCCUCAAGAGUUUACUUCCGUUACUCAGCCGCUAGAAAGUACAACUUCCCAGCAAAACCAAGAGCUUACUUCUGUCACCCAACCGCUAGAGACUACAUCUUUCCCCCAACAAUUAACUUCCGUUACUCAGCCUUUGGAGACCACAUCUAUCCCCCAAAAGGAAGAGACCACUUCUGCUGCCCAAGAGCAAGAAACAACAUCUGCUUCCGUCCAGUCGUCGACCGCCCCUGCCGUAGGCACAACCAGCACAGCGCCUGAGCAACCAUUCUGCUCAAAGGCUCUUAAUGGAGGCUGUUGGUGGAAGCGCCCUGAUAACGGCGACGAUAUGGUCAACUGUGCGAGCCGAGGUUCUUGGCCUGGUUCCACCGGCCAAGGUCAUCUUGUUCCUCGUCCCGCCAACUACCCUCUUCCUUUAAGUCAGCUUUGGUGUUUGGGCUGGUGCUCUCUCUCCCCUGGCUGCAAGUCUGUUGCAUUCAUCCCAGAGGAUCGCUCAUGCCGUUUCUCGGAGCAUCAAGUCCAGGAUGCUGACUUCGUUCCUGGUCCCGACCCUAAUGUGGACACCGAAGGCGUGUUUUAUUGGCAUGACCUUUCUUGCUUCAACUGCCCUUGUAACGAUGAGCCUUCUCCUACGUCUGCCGCAUCAACCACUCAGUCUGCCGAACCUACAGAUCUUGUCAAGUUACCUGCUGCAUCCACUUGCCCCAAAUCCCUCGAAAAUGGAUGUCAAUGGAAUGAGAGGUCUCAGGGUGGCAGUCUCACCACCUGUCAAUAUAGGGGUCGAUGGCCUGGAAGUGAUGGCGCAGGCUUUGCUGUUGAGCAACCCCGUGACUAUUCUACGCCCUGGAGUCAGAUGUGGUGUGUUGCCUGGUGUUCCCUCUACCCCGGUUGCAAGUCCGCAGCUUGGCUGCCAAAUGAGCGAUCGUGUCGUUUCUCCACUCAUUCACUCUCUGAUGCUGACUUCGAAAUGGCUGCUGAUCCCAACUCGGAUUCCGUCGAGGAUGGCAUCUACUAUUGGCAUAGCCUCGACUGCAUGACUUGCCCUUGCCACGACGAUCCUACUACCUCUUUACUUCCAGCAGAAUCCACCACUCUCGUCCGCUCCGUGACACCUAAGCCUAAUACACCCACCACCGUUACGGCCACUACCAAUGCUGUGACAGGAACCCCAACACCUGGUCCAGUAGAGCAGCCCUGCGAAUGGGAGAACGGGCAGGGUAUCUGCUACAGACCCUUCGAGAAGGAGCAAGGACCAUGUGGUGGAAAGCUCAUGAUUGUCAACCCAUCACAGUACACAAAGCUACCACUUAAUUGGAAGCCGGAAAUCAGAGAGCCUGUCCAGUGUGCGAUCAUGUGCCAUACCAACCCCGAUUGUUACGCAUGGGGUUUUGAGUGGAGCAGCAACAUGAACUGUGUUCUUUCUCUCGGGCAGACUGAAGUUGAUCAACUGCAGGUUGUUUCUUCGGGAGCUCAGUAUCGCUGGUACUCCCAUACGUGCUGGGAGUGCAGGGACUGUGUUACUCGUUGGAACUGGUCCUGGGAUUCCUUGCCUGCCGGAAACUAA